UGGACCCACUCACCAUUGAGUCAAAUUCGAUCUGACAAGACCUCGGCAUCUCUGGGAAGCGCAGCUUUUUGCAGAAAGCAGCAACCGCACAGCUCAAUCACUGUUCCCGUGAGAGUUAAAGGUGAAAAGGGAAACAAAGAGACAGCGGGAAGAGUUGUCUCUGAAUUUGUCUUUGUGUCUAGAAUGAAGCCGGCCCUGGAAACCACGACCCCUGAGGACAACCGUGAACUAAGCCAAGAAAGCAAAGGUUGCUUUGAGUGCUGCAUUAAAUGCCUCGGCGGAGUCCCGUACGCAUCGCUGGUAGCGACGAUUUUGUGCUUCUCCGGAGUGGCGUUGUUCUGCGGCUGUGGUCAUGUGGCCCUCACGAAGGUGGAGAGGAUUGUGCACAUGUACUUCUCCAACAACCCCAGCGACCAUGUCAUGCUGAUUGACGUCAUCCAAAUAAUGCAGUAUGUCAUCUACGGAGUUGCUUCCUUCUUCUUCCUGUAUGGAAUCAUCCUCCUGGCGGAAGGGUUUUAUACCUCCAGCGCUGUUAAGGAAAUCCAUGGCGAGUUCAAGACAACCGCGUGUGGACGUUGCAUCAGUGGAAUGUUUGUGUUCCUGACUUACCUGUUGGGAAUAGCCUGGCUGGGAGUCUUUGGCUUCUCUGCUAUCCCAGUCUUUAUUUAUUACAACAUGUGGUCGGCCUGCCAGACCAUCAUCUCCCCUCCGACGGGGAACCUGACCACACCGAUCGACGAAAUCUGCAUGGACGUGCGGCAGUUUGGCAUUAUACCCUGGAACGCCUCCCCUGGCAAAGCUUGUGGCUCCAACUUGACCGUCAUCUGCAACACAUCCGAGUUUGAUUUGUCCUAUCAUCUGUUCAUCGUAGCUUGUGCUGGAGCUGGUGCGACUGUCAUUGCACUGCUCAUCUACAUGAUGGCUACCACAUAUAACUUUGCUGUUUUGAAGUUUAAGAGUCGAGAAGACUGCUGCACAAAAUUCUAAGUUGCUAUAGAAGCAGUAUACAGAGCUCCAUGAGCUGCAUUGUGUAGCUUCAACUACCACUCACACCAUGGACUAAAACAGAAUUUAUUAAUCUGCAUUUUGCAAAUGAAAAUUUGUAAAUAGCAUAAGAAAGCUUCAUUUAGUAUCAACUCACUCUUUUUAGUUUCUUAUUUUAACUAACAGCCACCACGUGAGUGUAAGAUCUGGCUAUUUUUGUUUUCUAAUGUGGGGAUCCAGCAGAUAAAAUCACCAGUGGCAGAAAACAUAGUGAGGAAUACAAAUUGCGAUCCCAAUCCAAUGGUUCUAAAUAGAUUGUUCCAAGGUCCACCUGGAAGCCAACAAUUGGUUGUAUCUGCCAUUUAAUAAAUCAAUUUGUCUCUUGCCAGUCAAUUUGCCAAUACUAAGCAAAUUUCUCAACAACCAAACAUAUUUUGAAAAGGCUUAAGUCUGAAAACACAUAGUAGAUAUUAGUUUGGUGUCAUUAUACAUCAAUACAAAUAUAUGUACAUUGAAAUGUAGCAUAUCACAAUCGACAAGAGGGAUUGCCAUUAUAGUUGAGCAAGAUUUUAAGGCUUGCAAACAUUUGGAGUAUCAGGCUAUAUUUUAAAACUGACUUUCAUAUUUCUAUAUUUUAUAACCUGUGUGUUUUGGAAAUUUGACUGGAGCUAAGUUGCAGAGAAUGUCGUUUAAUAAUCUUUGGAUAAAAUAAAAACAGAAAAUUCUGGAAUACUCCGCAAAUUCGGUAGCAUCUGAGAACAUCCAGAGCAUUUUGCUUUGUAAUAAUUUAGCAAAAUUCGGCAGCUGGCCUUUUGUCAACAGUAAGAUUGGACUGGUAGCUUGCAAACAACGUCUUUUUACUGUAUCUCAGUAUCCAUGACUAUAAAUAAACCAAUGUUAACAAGCAUCACUCAUCUGAAACGGUAAGAUUAUACACUAUUGCCGAGUCCCAAACUUUUCAUUGACAUACAAAUCUAAUGUAGAUUUAUGCCUUCUUUAGUUACCAGCACAAUAGUUUUUCAGAUAAACUUUACGGUCAUUGAUGACAAAGUCAGAACAUACUCCAAAACGCUUUUCUAUAGAGCCUUUAAUUUUAAACAAUCUCCUGUUAUCAGAACUAGCUCUUUGUCUUGUGCAUAUUUGACCAAGGGCAACUUAAGGAUAUAAUUAGAAAUACAGAAUUUUAGUUGUCACAAACGCACAUUUUUCUAUUUUGUUUUAAUUUUCAAACAAAUAUAAAUUUAGAUUUUGGACAUAUUAAUGCACUCUUUCAGUUAGUCUUUACUCCAUCUUUGGCACCUUACACUGUCCCAAUGAAACUCAAAGUACACUUGAGGCGCUGCACCUCUUCGCCUGAUAGACAAUGCAUGAACAAUAUCAGUUGAUUAGCAUUUCUAGUUCCUCCAUGUUACAUUCCCCACAUUCAUAGUUUUAUUUUCAUGGUCAUUUCUGAUUAUUUAUCAGCCUCACCCAGCCAUUACUUUUCCUCCAGAUCUCUUUUGUCAUUUGCUAACCCCUUUGCUACCAUCUCCCAUUCUAAAUUACAAAUGGAAUGAUAGUAAUUUGACCUCCGUGACAAAUUAUUAAAUUACUUUGAUCUCUAACUUUGAUCUCAAAGUUACAAUACGAGGGUGUUUGACCUGAAACAUUAACUCUGUUUUUCAUUCUACAGAUGCUGCUUGACAUGCUGAGUAUUCCAUCACUUGGUUUUAUUCCUGUUUCAAUUGUUUAGUUUGUAUUGGAUGAUAGUUUAAAACCACGUAAAUUUCUAACUCGACGCUAUAAAAGGUUUUAUGCCGGGGGGAUCGUGUAACAAUAAAACAUUAUUACAUACACUCGCCACCCAAAAAAUUACUGAACAAAGUACUUUAUGUUGCAAUGGUGCAGCUUAAAAAUUAUAUUGAGACAGUAAGUUCUCUUGAUCAUCAAAUAAUUGAACAAGAGCAAACGAUUAGUUGAGUUUAAUAAACAGUUGUGGUCCUGGAAAUAGAUUCUAUGAAUAGCCAGAUCAUACAUGUUACACAAGGCAAAGAUGUUUCAGUUGUGGAAACAUAGAGAAGGUGAGAAAUAGAUAUGCUUGGUUUAAAAUAAAAUUUUGUGAAAUGUAGGUGUCUUUGGCCCAACCUUGACCCCCAAACCCCUUCUUCCACCAAGUAGGUUUCUUCAUUAUGAAGCUGAGAAUACACCUUACUGCAGCUUAGUAAGCGAUUAAGAAAGACUACAUUAAAUACUAAUAGCAUUUUCCCUUGCAGUCAGUGUUGGCGGCCAAGAAAUAGUUAAUUGUAUCUUGUAAUUAAGUGUAACACUUGCCUUUGCCAGAAAACUUUUUUUAAAUCUUCAAAUGUGCCAUUAUAAUAUUUGUUAACCUCAAAACUGCAUGCUUUACACUUGUUUUUUUUUUAGUUACCUUUUGUUACAAAGGUUCCCACUUUUCAGCAUUAUUUAAUUUUCUUAAUACAGUAUUUUGCAAUUGUAUGUAUAGACACUUUAUUGACUUUCAGUCAUUUUUUUCUUCAUAUACUCAAAAUAAACAUGCUUUCUUUACAAAA